UGGCAGCCACAUGCAGCCAGACGGAGAUGCUUUAACUCUUGUUUCAAGCCUGGCGACAUGCGUUGACUGAUGCCUUUCAAGAGACCUGCCACUGGUCUUGCUUUCUGUUUGUUCUACUUGAGUUCUUAUUUCACCAACAAGUAUGUCCUAUCGGUCCUGAAAUUCACCUAUCCAACACUUUUUCAAGGGUGGCAGACACUUGUUGGUGGAAUUCUCUUACAUGUUUCCUGGAAAAUCGGCUGGAUUGAGAUCAGCAGCAGUUCAAGGUCUGAAGUAUUAUCAUGGCUUCCAGCUUCUGCACUUUUUGUGGGUAUUAUUUAUUCAGGUUCCAGGGCCUUAUCUAGAUUGCCAAUUCCUAUCUUUCUUACCUUACACAAUGCUGCAGAUGUUAUAUUUUAUGGAGUGGAAGCCUUGGUGCAGAAAGAGCAGAACUCUGCCCUAAAACUCUGCAGAGUGCUGAUUCUUUUGCUGGCCGCAGGGGGGCUUCCUUUCUAUGACCCACAGUUUGAUACAGAUGGCUAUUUUUGGGCUGUCAUACACCUACUAUGUGUUGGUGCUUACAAAGUAUUUUACAAGUUGUGGAAACCAAAUUCUCUAAGUAACUCUGAACAACAAUACAUAAACUAUGCAUUCAGUGUGGUGAUGUUGGCUUUUGCAUCCCACCCAACAGGUGAUCUCUUCAGUGCCUUGGAAUUUCCACUCCUGUACUUUUACAUCUUUCACAGCAGUUGCCUUGCCAGUGGACUUCUGGGAUUUCUUCUGACUUUACAUACUAUGAAACUUAAAAGCAGCAGCUCCUCAGGACAAUAUAUAACUUGGAAUUUCUUAGCAAAGGUUAUCACAGCUGGUCUGUCACCAUUCUUCUUUGAAAUUGCAGUGAAUGUACCAACUGCCUGCUGUCUUUUGCUGGCUGGAUUUGCUGAAGUCUUGCUUCUUUACAUUGAAAGGACUGGUACAUGAACACUGGCAAGUGAAAAAUGAUUCUUCAAUGGGACUCUUCAAUUUUUGCUUUAAGAAUAAACAAUUAAUGAAGACGUAGGCAAACAAGUGCAGUCCCAUGGUGGCUUUCUCAACAAUAGGUCAUACAAUGAAACUGAGGCAUCAGCUCUAGGACAGAGUAGGAUUAACUCCAUUUGUUCCUGUUUUUAAGCCAUAUCUUCUACUAAUAGCAAUGCAUAAAAAUGGAAUUUGAUUCUUUUUUUUAUAUUAUGCUAAAAUGAAUGAUCAUCACUAAACUGGAACUUUUCUGGUACUAUCCAAACAUUCCCUACUUUUUUUCCUCAGGGCCAACCUUCUAGUUGUAGCACUCUAUUCAGAUUCUUUUAUCAAAGAAUGGAAUAGAUAUCCCCCCCAUGAAGCCCUGCAUUGCAGAUAUUCUGAUCUCAAGAUGUUUUACAGAUAAACAGUACUUACGUUCCUCAUCAGCUUGGGGUGCCCAUUACCUAUUGUAGGUAACAUGCUGUACUUCCUCUGCUUCCUUAUUUUCCUCCUGACACAGCAUGGCAAGAUGUCAGCCGCAAAAGUGUGUGGGAGGAAUGGAUCCAUUGGCAAGCAUCAGUACCAUACAUUCCUAGGGGGGCAGUGAUACAGAUCCAAUGACCUCUCAUAUGAUCUGACCCUCACAUGCAAUAGUGUUAUGUUUUGUUUUACUGAACCAGUGUAGAAUGCAGCUAAUACUGUAGAUUGUUUUUUACAUUUGACAACUUUAAGAUGUGCAGACUUCAAUUCCCCAGCUAGCAUGCCUUUACAAACCUGCUGUGAGGAAAAUAUUGGAUGCAAGAAAAAUCCAACCCAACUAAUAAAUGACCACUCAUAAAUAAAUGAUCAUCAGUAACUCUGAUAGGAUAAGCGCAUUUGAAGACUUAUCCCUCUUUGUCCAACGACACUAGUUGUGUCAACUCAGGUACACAAAAUCAUUUGUGCUUACUUUCGUACAAGACCUUCUCUCAUUGAUUCACAUACACUAAUCUGGUUAAAGUGUUAACAAGAUACAUUAGUUGGGUUCAGACAAUACUCCAAGUCACAUUAUGCUUUUGUAUAUUAUAUAUGAACACAGCUAUCUAUCUCCAGUUUGCCUCGGCAUGGGCAAAAUGUAAGCAUACUAGCUAAGUUAAUUUUUGUUUCCGUGGGUACAGGGUUAUAAGUAUAUUGUGAUUUGGCAUUUUUGAGCCUCUUUGCAAAAGCAAAUAGAUUUCAACUUAGUUGGAAAAGAAAUAACAACUCAUUGGAAGGUCUUCUCCAACAUGAGUCCUUUGUACUUUUUGGCGUGGUAGAGAUAUAGAUCACUGUGAAUAUUCAAAUGUUGACUCUGUUAGCAUUGAAUGGUAACCAGCAAGGAAGUGGUUUAAUCUCCACCAAAGCAGAGCAUCAGCAUUUUAUAGUUAUACAGUUCUACUUUCUGUAUAAAAUGAAACCAUC